UCAUUUCAUUGCAUUGUUGUGUGAUCAGUGAGAAGUGCGGGCGCUGUUAGUUCGCCAACGGAUUAACUUCGUUAGUUUUUAGUACUUACGAAGUGAACUUUUUAAAUAUGGGAGGCCGAUAGUAGACGGAUAGUCUUCAUUAUUCCGUUAAAGUAAAGUGAUAAUUUAUGUUAUUGUGCGGGAUGCAGCGGCGACUGUGUUAGUGACAAAAAUAACAUUGUAUUGGCAAUGUCCCUUAUCAGUAACUGUACAGUGGGCGAGAAAAAGCAAUGCCGGACUAUGCAAUAUUUUCAAGACAGACGAAAUAAUCACAUUUCAACUUUUUGGCUACUUUAAGUAAACCAAAUUUGAAAUUGGAUAUUGCCGCCUUUUUUUAUAUACUCAAAUAUAAAUUGGAAAAUUGAAUUUUUUCCUGUUACAUUAAAGGCAUGCCAUCAAAAGAGAAAAUUAAGACCCCUCAACAACUAUGGGAGAAUGUUUCAUCAAGAUUUGUCCACUUUGUGGAACAAAUAUUUUUCAUCAUCGGAGUGCACAUUGGAAGACACCCAGUGCGGACUAUCAUAUUAAGUUGGACCUUCGUGAUACUAAGCGGAGUUGGAUUGAUGAAGUUCCAUAUAGAAAAAAACCCCAUGAAAUUGUGGGUUCCAACUGAAUCAGAUUUUUACCGUGAUACAUAUUGGUACGUCAACCAGUUUGGAACUGCCUUCCGCCUGCAGAGGGUGCUGGUGGAAGCUGAUGAUGUCCUGCAGCCUGAUGUACUACAAGCCAUAUACAACAUCACAGAGCAAGUAAAUACUCUCAGAAUUAGAUAUAAUCACACUGAUUACUCCAUAAAUGAACUGUGCUAUAAAGUCCCAGCCAUUACAAACUUUUUUAAUUUCAACACAAAAUCUGUGAAACAAGUGAAUGAUAAUUCUAGCUUAUCAAAAGACAAAAAGAAUAGUGAUAGUGAAUUUACAGAUCCAACAUCUUGGAUUGGUGAAGAUUUUUACUGUGGAUUUAUUGAAAACUUUCCGGUGACUUGUUUGCAGCACAAUGUUGUGGACUUGUUUCAGAAUGACUUAGAUUUAAUUAAAGGUGCAACUAAACAUGACAUUGUUAGUAAAGUAAAUACUGUUAAGACUAACCCUGUUUCGGGUCAUGAUUUUGAUUAUACAGAGUUGUUGGGUGGUGUGAGUCGUGAUGAAAACGGAGACAUUGUUGCAGCCAGGUCUGUAAUACUGACUUGGUAUACAGAAGUCAAUAUGUCUGCAGUUGACUUGAAUGAAGUUGGUAAUUUGGUAGGGACUGAAGACUGGGUUACAGUGCCUCUUGGUUUGUGGGAACAGAAAUAUGUUGACUUAAUGGUCACAUUAUCCAAUGAUCUGAACAACAUUACACUGUAUUAUGAAGCUGGGCGAAGUUUUGCUGACGUAAGUGGAGAUGCGAUAAUGCAAGAACUUGGUAAACUGUUCAUUGGUAUUCUUUUAAUGUUUAUGUAUAUACAGUUUGGACUUUCUAGAUUUAACUGGUUAGAGGUAAGGUUGACAUUAGGCAGCGUAGGUUUACUGUGUGUUGGUAUGGCAUAUAUCUCGGCCGUUGGUUGGUGUUCCGUCAUUGGUAUCUCAUUUGGUCCCGUCCAUUCGUCUCUUCCAUUUCUCCUAAUGGGUUUAGGUGUGGAUGACAUGUUUGUAAUGCAAGCUUGUUGGGAAAACUUAUCUGAAGCUGACUCGCGAAAGACCAACCCUUAUAAAGUGGGGCUGAUGCUGAAACACGCAGGCGUGUCCAUCGUCAUCACUUCCUUCACUGAUAUUGUCGCCCUACUGAUUGGCGCCAUUACAAUUUUACCAUCGUUAAAAUCUUUCUGUAUAUACGCGGCGUUUGGGGUAUUUUUCAUUUUUUGUUACUCUGUUACUUUCUACGUAGCUGUGUUUACCCUGGAUAUAAAGAGAAUAGAAGCGAACAGAAAUGGUAUCCUAUUUUGUUAUCGCCACAAAUCUCCAGUUUCGCUGUCUAAGGAUAAGACUACACUGCAAAAAAUAUUUUCAAAAUUUUAUAAAAACGUAGUUUUGACUACACCUGGUAAAAUAAUAGUUAUUAUAAUUACAUUGGCUGUAACAGGGUUUAGCAUAGAAGCGAUACUUAAGUUGGAACAGAGGUUUGAUCCCAAAUGGUUUAUUCCCGAAUAUUCUGACUACAAACAGUACCUGAACGCUCACGACUACUAUUACCCGGAAGAAGGACAUACGGCGAUGGUUUUCCUCGGAGAAAUGGAUUACCGCCAAGAACUGUCGCAUUUGCAUGAUUUAACGAAAUCUUUGGAAAAUAAGUCGUAUGUUAAGGAUGUUGUUACUUGGCUCCAUCCUUUUCACGGAUAUGUGCAAAGUAACUUCCAUUUAGAUGUGUACAACUCCACCGCCGUUUCAGAGGAACAGUUCAACUUGUAUUUAUCUAAGUUCUUAUUUAGUCCAAUCGGUGGAAGAUACCAAAUGAAUUUAAAGUUUUCAAAACCGUUUAAGUGUGGUCAAUCGGCAACCACGAUAAAGGCAUCACAUCUAUCAUUUAAAUUUACAAAAUUCAACGGACCAGACGAAUACAUACCGGCAAUGAAUCAAGUAAAGGAUUUAGUGCAGAAUGCGUCCAUAUCUUCCGGUGACGGUUAUCGCAGCGUAUGGUCGAAAGUCUUCGCCAAUUGGGUCACAGAUGAAAUCAUAGCUGUCGAAGUCGAGAGGAACGUAGAGUUGGCUCUGCUGUGUGUCAUGGUUUGCACGGCAGUCUUGAUAACAAAUCUACAGAUGUGUUUUUGGAUAUUCAUGUGUGUUCUAUUAACGAUAGUAAAUGUUUUAGGUUUUAUGCAAAGAUGGGGGAUGACUGUGGACAUAGUUUGCUGUAUCGGACUCGAGCUUGCAAUAGGUUUGUGCGUGGACUAUGCGGCGCACGUCGGACACACGUUCCUCACGAUUCCUGACGGCUCUCGCUCCGAUAGGGCUUUCAAAACGAUCACGGCAAUAGGCGGUGCGGUGCUUUUAGGUGGAGGAGCGACCUUACUUUCCCUGUCUCUUCUAAGCAUGUCUCAAGCUUACACUUUCCAGACAUUUGCCAAAAUUUUUCUUCUCGUCAUAAUUUUCGGCUUAUUCAACGGGUUGGUGUUUCUGCCAGUGGUCCUGUCGUUAAUAGGACCGGCAGGUCAUAAAUCAAUUGUAAAAGAGCCUGAAGAGGUAGAAAUGAACGGAAAACAACACGCUCUAGAAACAGAAUGAAGAAUACAUAUCGCGGAAACCGGUAAUUUUCAAGACAAUGCCUAUAAAUUGAUUUGUAAGAGCUGGCGAGACUGGAAAUGUUGAUAGAUUAGUAAUUUAGUACAAAUCUUGUGCCUGCUCUCAUGAAUCGUUGCAGCCCUUCCGAUCUUCAGUACGCCAACAUGGCAACCACGUGCUCAGAAUGUGUGAUAGUAAAUACGAUGAUAGCGACAGAUUAGAUUAUGAUUAUUAAUUAAAUGUAUGAUCCACAAUAAUGUACCUAAUAACAACUAAUGAUAUAUAGUUGGUCAAGCAGAUCUUGUCAGUAAAAAAAGGCGGCAAAUUUGAAAAAUGUAGGCGCGAAGGGAUAUCGUCUCAUAGAAAAUUUUAAUUUCGCGCCUUUUUCUACUGACAAGAUUUGCUUGACCAUCUAUAUUUGUUGUUCGCUAGUCACGUUAUUCUUACGGCAAAUUUAUCAUAUUUUGCGAAUAAUUCUGUUUAAUCACCUUAAGAUACGUGAAUGUAGCCACUUGAAUGUUUUCCGCUUAUAAAUUCUCCUUUGUUUGUCAUGUCUUUGCCCUAUGGCAAGGACAUGACAAACAAAGGAAAUUUUUAUGAUAUAUUUUUAUUUAUGGUUAUGUUAUCUCAGUAAGCAAUUUAUUUAUUGAUUUGUACAGACAGCUGCAAACUUGAAUAUGGAUAUGCUAAUGUACUCACAAUUUCUUAGCGUCGAUUCUAUUGUCGUUAAAAUAAGACUCAGGGUUCAGACUGUUUAGAGUAUGAAGCGAAAUAUAUUUUUUCACCACACCAGUUCGGAAAGGCUUACUUUGCACUUGAUCUGAUAGCAAAGUUGAAUUUUAUUCACAUGUGAGGCAAAGUAAUCAAAUGCAAACUUUUUGUUUUCUUAUGUUUGCUGGUAGAAUUGACCGUAGUUAUGCAGAAAACGACCAACUCAAUUUUUUUAUCAAUGCAGAAAGCGACCAAAGCUACUGAGUUAGGGUGUAAGUCACUUUGACAAAAAUUAAAAGUUGGUCGCUUUCUACAGAACUACGGUCAAUUGUCUUUUAAAUGAUGAUUUUGGAUGAUAAAUAUUUAAUAACAUUCAUUUGGAUUUUAUUUGGUUUGAUAUUUUACAUUUAUUUAAUAUUUACUUCGGGUUGGUGUGGUGAAAAAUUUUGUGUUUCACUCGGGGGCAAUUUUGUUUAACCCUCGUGCUUUGAAGCCCUCGCAACGCCCAAGAUUCUAUUUUUCAAUUUUGGAAUCUUUCGCUUGCUCGGGUAUCAAUAUUAGCACGAGCGGUUAAACAACAACUUUGCCCCCUUGUAAAACAAAUAACUAUUUCCUCGCUGUUACACUAAUUAAUACAAUACAGUGUAAUGAAUCACGACUAGUAAAUAUAAUAGGUACGUAAGUUAUCAGCGGGAUCGAUGUAUGCAUCUAGGGCAAAGUGAAAAAGUUAUUUUUUAUCAUCUUUAUGUAAAUAAGUACCUACCUACCUAGUAGGAGUCGUGUAACUUAGUAUAGUUACUUCGUUUGUACAAGCUUUUAUUUAACUUGACAUGUUCCUAUGUAGAUAACUAACUUUAUUUUCAAAUCUUGCAAUGCAAAUCAUGUUUCAACCACUUCUAUCCAAUCUAUCCGAUCAAUCCGAUGAGGCUGAAAAUUUGCAUACAUCCGUAAGUCGGGUGACAAUGCAAUAUUAUUGUACCAUUGAGCUGAUCUGAUGAUGGAGACAGGUGGUGGCCAUAGGAACUCUGUGGUGACGUGGUAAAACUACGCAACCUAAUUGUGUGGGGUUUUUAGAAUUGUCUCGAAGAGUAUUUGUUGCCUGUGGAAAGAAAAGUACAGUCAGUGAUAAAAGCUUGUACGAAAAAUGAAAUUUUUGCCAAAAACAUAUUUAUAUUAGUAU